ACAGCAAGCCAAGAUGGCAGAGUAUUGCCGACUGAUAUUUGGGGAUGCACUUCUCAUGGAGCCACUGGAAAAAUACCCACUGGAAGCUGGAGUUCCUCUUCCAAGCCCUAUGGACUUGAUGUAUAAAAUUCUAGUGAAAAAUAAAAAGAAGUCACACAAGUCAUCAGAAGGAAGUGGCAAAAAGAAGCUUUCGGAGCAAGCCUCCAACACGUACAGCGACUCCUCCAGCGUGUUUGAGCCCUCGUCUCCGGGAGCAGGGGAGGCUGAUACGGAGAGUGAUGAUGAUGACGAUGAUGAUGACUGUAAAAAGUCUUCCAUGGAUGAGGGGACUGCUGGGAGUGAGGCCAUGGCCACAGAAGAAAUGUCUAACCUGGUGAACUAUAUUCAGCCAGUCAAGUUCGAGUCAUUUGAAAUUUCAAAAAAAAGAAAUAGAAGUUUUGAAAUGUCUUCCUUCGUGGAAACCAAAGGGCUCGAGCAGCUUACGAAGACCCCAGUGGAAUUUGUAGAAUAUAACAAAAUGCAGCUUAGCAGAAUAUAUCCAAAAGGAACACGUGUGGAUUCAUCCAACUAUAUGCCUCAGCUUUUCUGGAAUGCCGGCUGUCAAAUGGUUGCACUUAACUUCCAAACAGUGGACUUGGCUAUGCAAAUAAAUAUGGGGAUGUAUGAAUACAAUGGGAAGAGUGGCUACAGAUUGAAGCCAGAGUUCAUGAGGAGACCUGACAAGCAUUUUGAUCCAUUUACUGAAGGCAUAGUAGAUGGGAUAGUGGCCAACACUUUAUCUGUUAAGAUAAUUUCAGGUCAGUUUCUUUCUGAUAAGAAAGUUGGGACCUAUGUAGAAGUGGAUAUGUUUGGUUUGCCUGUCGACACAAGGAGGAAGGCCUUUAAGACCAAGACGUCACAAGGAAAUGCAGUAAAUCCUGUCUGGGAAGAAGAACCCAUUGUGUUCAAAAAGGUGGUGCUUCCUUCUCUGGCCUGUUUAAGGAUAGCAGUUUAUGAAGAAGGAGGUAAAUUUAUUGGCCACCGGAUCUUGCCAGUGCAGGCAAUUCGACCAGGCUAUCACUACAUCAGUCUGAGGAAUGAGAGGAACCAGCCUCUGAUGCUGCCAGCUGUUUUUGUCAACAUAGAAGUGAAAGAUUAUGUACCAGACACGUAUGCAGAUGUAAUUGAAGCUUUGUCAAACCCAAUUCGAUAUGUGAAUCUGAUGGAGCAGAGAGCUAAGCAACUGGCUGCCUUGACCCUUGAAGAUGAAGAAGAAAUAAAGAAAGAGGCUGAGCCCGGGGAAACACCAUCCGAAGCUCCCAGUGAAGCCGGGACAAUUCCAGCAGAAAAUGGAGUGAAUCACACUACAUCCCUGACACCCAAACCACCCUCCCAGGCUGUGCAUAGCCAGCCAGCUCCAGGGUCUGUAAAGGCACCUGCCAAAACAGAAGAUCUUAUUCAGAGUGUCCUAACAGAAGUGGAAGCACAGACUAUUGAAGAGCUAAAGCAACAGAAAUCAUUUGUGAAGCUUCAAAAGAAGCACUACAAAGAAAUGAAAGACCUAGUUAAGAGACACCACAAGAAGACCACUGACCUCAUCAAAGAACACACUACAAAAUACAAUGAAAUUCAGAAUGACUACUUGAGAAGGAGGGCAGCCUUGGAAAAGACUGCCAAAAAAGAUAGUAAGAAAAAAUCGGAACCCAGCAGUCCAGAGUCAUCAACGAUUGAACAAGAUCUUGCUGCACUGGAUGCAGAAAUGACCCAAAAGUUAAUAGACUUGAAGGACAAGCAACAGCAGCAGCUGCUUAAUCUUCGGCAAGAACAGUAUUACAGUGAAAAAUACCAGAAGCGAGAACAUAUUAAACUGCUUAUUCAGAAAUUGACAGAUGUGGCAGAAGAGUGUCAGAACAAUCAGUUAAAGAAGCUCAAAGAAAUCUGUGAGAAAGAGAAGAAAGAAUUAAAAAAGAAAAUGGAUAAAAAGAGGCAAGAGAAGAUAACUGAAGCCAAAUCUAAAGACAAAAGCCAGAUGGAAGAGGAGAAGACAGAGAUGAUCCGAUCAUACAUUCAGGAGGUGGUGCAGUACAUCAAGAGAUUAGAAGAGGCACAAAGUAAACGGCAAGAAAAACUUGUAGAGAAGCACAAGGAAAUACGUCAGCAGAUCCUGGAAGAAAAGCCCAAGGGGGACGGUUCCUCCUCAUUCUUGUCGGAAACUUGCCAUGAGGAUCCCUCUGUUUCCCCCAACUUUACUCCCCCCAACCCUCAAGCUCUCAAGUGGUGACCACCAUCCUUCCAGCCAGCUGCAGAUGGAACUAGAACAAGAGUACCAAGACAAGUUCAAAAGGCUGCCCCUGGAGAUUUUGGAGUUUGUGCAGGAAGCCAUGAAAGGGAAGAUCAGUGAAGACAGCAAUCACAGCUCUGCCCCUCCCUCCCAGGCCACAGACAUUGGAAAACUCAACCACAAGCCUCCCUCCAGUGAGGAGUUAGAAGGAGACAACCAAGGAAAAGAGUUUGAUACUCCUCUGUGAUUGUUUCUG